AUGUUUAUUAUUUUUAUAUUACUUCUUUUAGAUUAGACUCAGAGUAAUAGAAUCACUAAACCAACUGUGACAGUUAUAGAUGAGACGUUUUAGUCAAAUGAUUUUUAUAGAUAAGCAUCUGAGAUUAUUGAAAUACCAUAUGGAGCGUAAUUUAUAUAAUCCACAUUAAUAUAGUUAUCCAGGAGUAUUUGCUAUAGAUUUACAUUAAAGAGUUAAAGGUGAAAUCAGCAAUAAAAGCAUUAAUUUAGGAGAUUUUGAGAAAGUAGAAGAAGAUCUUUUAGAAGAAGAUGGUUGUUAUUCAAUAUAGAGAAAUAUUGAAAUUAGUAUGAAAUUAAAGUUAUGGCUUGACAAAAGUGGUUUAACACGAGAUGUAUAUUGCACUGAUGUAGCUUUGGCUGAAAAAUUUAGGAAGGCUUAUGUUGUCAGAAAUGAUUUUACAAUUAUAUAAGUGGAUUUGAAUUAAGGUUUAUUUAAAUUAGAACUUGACCCUAUAAAAUAUUCAUUUGCCAAUUUACUUAAUUAUGAUUAGGAGGACACUGAUUAUCAUCCAUAUUUGGUAGGAGAUAGAGAAUCUAACAAAAUAUUUAUAUUCACAACAAAUGGGGGUUUGAGUUUUGAGAGUAAUAUGAACCAUGACUUAGAAUUUAAAGUAGAAGAGGAAAUAAAAAAAAGAGAUAAAAUCUAUAACGUUCAUUAUAAUGAAAAACAUUAAUUGAUAUUUGUGGCUUGUGGAUAUGAAGGUAUAGAUAUAUACAAAAUAAAUAAUGGAACAUUAAUAUUUUUGAAGGAUAUUUCAUCAUCAUAUUUAGGAAUUGAUAGUUAAAUAGUUGAUGUGAAUAGUAAUGGAGAAGAUGGAUUAUAUGUAUUAGAUUUUGAGAGAGGAUUAAAAUUUUAUUGGAUUAGAAAUAUGAUGGAAUUAAUUUACUAAUUUACAAUAAUGAUUUCAAAUGGUUAAAGUUUUGAUUUUUAUGAGAAUACAUUUUUUAUAGUAGCAAAAACAAUUAAUAAACAAGAUUUUGCAAUAGAAGUAUUUGUUAAUUAAGUAACUUAUGAUUAUUAUAUUAAUAACUAUUUUUUUGAUGAAAUGACUAUAAAUGAUGUGAAUGUAUUUUAAUAUUAUGCUGUUUUAAUUGGAGAUGAUGGUCAUAAAAUUAUUUAUCAUUCAAUUUAUUAAGGUAUAUAUUAAUAUCAUUAAAUAAAGGUUUUUUAAAUGAAAAUUUAAUAUCUCAUACAACAUUUUAUUAACCAGAUUUAGUAAAAGUAAAAGAAUUUGAAUUUGAUGGAGAAGAGUUUUCUAAUCAAAGAAUAUUUGCAGCAAUUAGUAAAUAUGAAUUCUAAUUAAUUAAUAUAAUAAUGAAUAUGCCUAAAAUUGAAUGUAAAUAUAGUGAUGCAGGAAUGAGAUAGUUUUAUGUUAUGAUUAAUUCAACAAAUUGUGCACAAAAAGAUAAGGAAAAUAAUCUUAAUUAUUAAUUCACUUUAUGUAAUGUAUCUCAUUCAUUCACUUUUACAACAACAGAAGUAUAUUAGAUAUUUAAUAUUAUUAGUUAGAAGGGAAUUAUAAUACAUAUGCUUAUUACACUCUUACAAUAUAUGUCUUAAUUGUAGCUGGUAUUUGGUUAGCUGUUCUUUUAUAUUAUUUAAUAAAGAAGUGGGGAUAUAAAAUUAAAUAUUUAAUUUGGAGAAAGAAAAUUGUUGAUGCUACUGCUCCAUAUAAUGAAAGUUUUGAUGCCAAAGAAACAGAACUACCUGAAACAUAAAAGCAAUGA